CAGCGGUUCCUCUCGGAGUCUCUCGUGCCGAAAUCCCAUACUUCGGACCACAUAAAUAUGCCCGGUCAUGCCACAUAAAUCAGUGUCAUAAAUCUGCGCCGUCUUGUGUAUGGAAUUAUGUGUCAGUGUCCCGCCAGCAUCCACAAAAUAUCCUUGAUAUUUAUCUGCGGAGUGCCAAAUAAAAACUUUGGCAAAGAAAAACAACUAAAGCAGGCAAAUUAACCGUUUGGCGGGAAGCGAGAUAAGGUGGUAUUCCCGCGGGCGAAAGUGUAGAAAGUCAAGUGAAAGUGGCGGCUGCCGUUCCCCCCAAAGGAAAUCCCUUUUUGUGUCAGCGUGCUUGGAAUGUUCAGCUGCGAGGCGUGAGGGACUGAAAGAUGGCCAUCCUGGAGUCUUGUUGCUUCUGGAAGGACGUGCGGAGUGGCAGCUUUGCCUGCGCCAUCUACACAUUGGUUUACUUUGGCUUCUCGACGCUGAUGUUUUUGUUCUACCUGCUCGGGGAGCAGGAAUUCCUGCUGGGGAACCGCGCUCAUCCGACGGGCGAGAGUUUGCUGGAGAAGGGUGAUGUGACUGUAGGUGAGGCUGAAGGAUACUGGAGUGGUCGGAAGGACACUCCAUCCGACCCUAGUUCUUGUUCUUUGAGAGCGGCUCAAUUACGUGUGAUUUAUGCCCUUCGCAGUGACUGUGAUAUUCAACGUUUUGUUACUCUUUUGCUCGAUGCUGAUGGUGCUGUCGUCGGUUCUGCUGAUAUUGGGUCUCCAGCAGAGCAAGCGACAGCUAAUGCUACCCUGGAUUUGCUUCAUGCUGGGCGACAUGCUCAUCGAGUGCUUCCACCUGGUGUAUUUGGCCCUCUCCCGCCGCGUGAAUUUCGACCCGAUUGUCGGUUUCAUCUUCACCAUGGACUUCUUCCUACUGUGCCUCAACCUCUACUGUCUGCUGUGCGUCAUCUCGCAGUACCAAACGUUCCGCUCGCAACGAGCGGAGCUGCAACAGGCGUCCUCCGCGGCAUCGCAGCCGAGAAGCUAACCAAAUCGCAGCAGCAACUGCAGCAGGCGCAGCAGCAGCAGCAGCAACAUAAUCUGCAGCAACAGCUGGAGGCCGGAACCGGAAGCGGGAAGCGGCGACGAAUUCUCGGUGCUGCCAGUCCGCUCAUCACCUCGCAGCGCCUCACCAACUUCUCCACCAUCACCGAGGAGGAGGAGCAGCAGUCCCGGACAGACCACCCAUCGGAUCAGACAAAUGGAGAGCAACUGGCCCUAAUACCAAUUAUUACUUUGGCUUGCAGCCCAGCUCAUUGCAGUGACGCAAGUUCAACUCGUCACUAAGUCAACGUUACGUACUUGUCCCCAAAACCAGAAGUUUUAGGAAAAAUGCUGAUAUUUUUACAAAUUCAUUUGUUUAGAAAUGGCAGAAUAAAAUGAUAUACGUUUUCCAAGAGGCACACCAGACUUUGGCAA